AUGGGGCAAAACCGUACGAUUUCGUCACGAACUUCCGAGUGGGAACGGCCCGGGAGCUUUGGCCAACCGAGCCCGUUUUACCUCCAAGUGCAAUACAGCACUUACAAAAACACACUGCAACAGAUAGCUCAGAAAAUCGGCGAUGUCGAGCAAGAAGCUGAGGAGCACAAGCUGGUUCUUGAAACCUUGGAGCCGCUUCCGGGUGACCGCAAGUGCUUCCGCAUGAUUAAUGGCGUCCUUGCGGAGAGGACCGUCAAGGAUGUCAUCCCCGCUCUCCGGACGACGGCCGAAGGGCUGAAGAAGGUCCUCGAUGACCUUGUGAAGCAGUACAAGACCAAGCAGGAUGAGCUUGACAAAUGGAAGAAAAAGAACAAUGUCCAGGUUGUGCAGUCAUGA